AUGUAUCGCAUCUCGAAUAUCUAUGUGCUCGCCGCAUUUGGCACCAUUGGAGGUGCCCUCUUUGGCUUCGAUGUCAGUUCCAUGAGUGCAUGGAUCGGAACUACUCAGUAUCUCGACUACUUCAACUUCCCCGACUCGAACCUACAGGGAGGCAUCACGGCCUCCAUGUCUGCCGGUUCCUUUGUCGGUGCCAUCGCUGCCGGCUUUCUCUCCGAUCAGAUCGGUCGUCGUCUGUCACUGAUGGUGGCGUCAAUCAUUUGGAUCAUCGGAGCCGUUAUUCAAUGUAGCGCGCAAAAUGUGACACACUUGGUGGCCGGUCGUGUCAUCAGUGGGCUUUCCGUUGGUAUUACCUCCUCCCAGGUCUGCGUCUAUCUUGCCGAACUGGCUCCGGCCCGUAUUCGUGGUCGGAUUGUUGGUAUCCAACAAUGGGCCAUUGAAUGGGGUAUUCUUAUCAUGUAUCUAAUCUCCUACGGCUGCUCCGAGGGGGUGAAAUCCCCUGCCGCAUUCCGCAUCGCCUGGGGAGUCCAAGCUGUUCCCGCUCUCGUCCUGGCCGUAGCACUACUUUUCUUCCCUGAGUCGCCCCGGUGGCUCGCCAGCAAAGAACGCUGGGAGGAGAGUCUUGACACUCUAGCAUUGCUGCACGGAAAUGGCAAUCGCGAUCAUCCGGAAGUACAGGCCGAAUGGGAAGAGGUUCAAGAAGCCGUCAGGAUGGCACAAGAGGCCAAGAAUGUCUCUUUCUUCGCCUUGUUUGGACCUCGUGUGUGGAAGCGCACCAUGUGUGGCGUCAGCGUACAGGUGUGGCAGCAGCUUCUUGGGGGCAACGUCGCGAUGUACUAUGUGGUGUACAUCUUCCAGAUGGCCAACAUGCCUGGUGACACUGUUCUCUACUCUUCCGCUAUCCAAUAUGUCAUCUUCCUCGUCACGACCGGCUUCAUCCUCCCCUACAUUGAUCGCAUUGGCCGCCGACUGCUUCUGCUAUCUGGCUCCAUCAUUUGCAUGGCGCUGCAUUUUGCAAUUGCCGGAAUCAUGGCCACCUAUGGUCAUCCCGUAGACGAGAUUGACGGUAACAAAAACCUGCGCUGGGAGAUCGAUGGCACGGCCGGAAAGGGUGUCAUUGCCUGCUCUUAUAUCUUUGUGGGAGUCUACGGUUUAACCUGGGCGCCCACGGCGUGGAUCUAUGCGUCUGAGGUUUUCCCUCUCAAAUACCGCGCCAAAGGAGUCGGUCUUUCUGCUGCAGGCAACUGGAUCUUCAACUUUGCGCUCGCUUACUUCGUCGCACCUGCCUUCACUAACAUCAAGUGGAAGACAUACAUCAUCUUCGGCGUCUUCUGCACCGCCAUGACCUUCCAUGUGUUUUUCAUGUACCCGGAGACGUCCCGCCGAUCACUCGAGGAAAUCGAUAUGAUGUUCGACUCCAAUGUGAAAGCGUGGCAAUCACACAAGGUGCAUGAUAAGUUUGGCGAGGAAAUUGAAAAACAUCGCCAACAGAGUGUGGCCGAGGCUGAGAAGCCAGCCAACACUGCUGUGCAUGCAGAAGUGGUUUGA